UAAACCACUCGGUCUUUUGCCAAGCAAAUCGAUUGAACGUCAUCGUUGUGUCAUCCAAUAUCAAUAAUCAAAUCAUUAUCAGACUACCAUGAAUCUGCUGAUAGUUUUUGCAGUUAUCAUAGCCGCUGCUAGCGCGCAAGAAAUCACAACUACUGCUCAAGUCCUCCAAAAAAUCUACUACAAAUGCGUGGACAGUGAGUCGAUGAUAUCCUGCGUGAAGCCCAAAGUUCUGGCAUACUUGAGUGACGUAGUAAACGCUGAUAGUGUUCCAAUAACGCAGGACUUGAAGAUAGUCAGGUCUCGAGAGUUCAGUUCCGAAGACAAUCACCAAGACUAUUUGUCCUACGAUGGCGUCGACCCCAAGAAAAAGGAAUUGCUCAGAUCAUUGAUGCUGGAAAAACUGGACUCUUACUUGUCUUCACACCAAUUGGAAGCAAAAUUGCCCGAAGCAAUCGUUGGAUCCAACAUCGUUCCACGGUCACUGGUCGAAUCUGUUCCUCGUAGUUUGAGUGUUCCGCUGUCAGACUCUUCUAAUGGACAAGGACGUGGUUUCGUCAAGAAAGUCAUGAUUCCUUUCCUUUUGGGUCUCAAGUUCAAAGCAACUGCCCUUGUGCCUCUUGCAUUUGCUCUAAUUGCCCUGAAAACCUGGAAAGCUUUAACUUUAGGCCUUCUUUCUUUGGUACUCAGCGGAGCGAUGAUGAUCUUCAAGCUGACCAAGCCCAAAGUUGCUUACGAAGUGGUGCACUAUGGACACCCACCUGUUGAACACGCCCAGCCUCAUUGGGACGCUAACGCCAAUGGGCCUUACAGCGGAUACAGGAACUUAUUCUGGAACGCAGGAAAAGUUGUUGUCAAAGUCAAGGACAAUGGAAAGGCUCAGUGUGUCGACGGCCAACUCAAAUCAAUAUCAUUAGCAAUGAAUAAGUUUAUUGUAGUGCUGACAGCAGUUGUGGCGUUGGCUGCUGCCCAACCCGCGAAAAUCGAGGCCUGGAAAAGUUCAAACAUGGAUUCUAUCGUCGAGCAAACAAAAUCCGAUUGUGCACGCAACAACGAUGACAUGGCUUGCAUGAAGUUCAAAGUUCUCAAUCUGCUCGACCAGAUUUUCCGCAAAGACAAUUUCAAGGUAUCAGACGCCAUUGAAGUGACGCGUAACUCCCAACCAGUUGAAGAAACUGCACGCAGUGAAUCGUCAUUCAUUGAUACCGUGCAAAAUUAUCUUGUUUCCCACGACGUGACCUUCAAAAUGCCUCUCGACGCUGCCGUCAAAGUCAGUGCUAGAAACAUCGAAAACGACCAGUUGAGCUUCGACCUUAAGUUCGGCCAAGGAAGAGCCGUCGAAGAAGCUAGAAGGUCUAAAUUGAAGAAAGUCAUCAUCCCCAUUAUGGUCUUUGUCCUGCUGAAGGCGAUGACUCUGAUCCCAUUGGCCAUAGGUGUGCUCGGUCUCAAGGCAUGGAACGCCCUUCAAUUGUCCUUCUUCAGCUUUGUCGUCUCUGUUGGAUUGGCCAUCUUCCAAUUGUGCAAGAAGAUUGCAGCUGACAGCCACUCUGCCCCCAUUUCUGCCCACGGGCCCUGGGAGUACCAGGCUCAGUACCGCGGAUUCAGUGAUCAGGCUGAUGAUCAAUCGGCAGCUCAACAUCUCGCAUACGCUGCCUACGCUCCAGAAGCAUGAGUUCGCUUUUGGAGUUUCCGGUGAUUUUUUUACUGACUAGAUGAUACUUUGUAUUAUAAUUUAUGUAUUUAAUAAAUUAUUUAUGUUAUUGACUUGAUA